AUGUCUCUAGGACGCACCUUCAAGCUCAACUCCGGAUACGAGAUUCCUGCCGUUGGCCUGGGAACUUGGCUCUCCAAACCCCAUGAAGUGGAAGAGGCAGUCGAGACUGCUCUUCGAGUGGGAUAUCGCCAUCUUGACGGUGCGGCGAUUUAUCGAAACGAAGUGGAAGUGGGAAACGGCUGGAAGAAGUCGGGGGUGCCACGUGAGCAGAUCUUUAUCACAAGCAAGCUGUGGAACACGCACCACCACCCCGACCACAUCGAGGAGGCUCUCGACAAGACUCUGAAGGAGCUGCAGACGGACUAUCUUGAUCUCUACCUGAUUCAUUGGCCUAUUGCUUUCGAGCACUCGAGUGACACCUUCACUCCCAUUGACCCCGUUACUCAACGGUUCAGGCUGGCAGAUGUCUCCGUUGCCGAUACCUGGAAGGUUCUCGAGAAGCUCGUCAGGGCAGGAAAGAUCCGCAGCAUCGGUGUCAGCAACUUCACCAUUGAGAAGCUCCAAGAGCUUCUAAAGACCGCGGAGAUUCCUCCAGCUGCCAACCAGUACGAGGCCCAUCCGUACCUGCAGCAGCCCGGUCUGCUCGAGUUCCUCAAGGAGAAGAAAAUUCUCCCCGUCGCAUACAGCCCGCUGGGUAACAACCUGGCUGGCCGUCCGCGUGUCAUCGAUGAUCCAGCCAUUCAGGAAAUUGCCACCAAGCUGGGCAAGGACCCUGCUGCUUUGCUGAUCUCUUGGGCUGUCCAGCGCGGCACUGCCGUCUUGCCCAAGAGUGUCACGGCGUCGCGUAUCGAGAGCAACUUUCAAGACUUCAUCGUUCCCGACGCAGAAUUCGAGGCCCUGAACAAACUGGAGCGUAACGAGCGUUACAGCUACCCCUUCCGCUGGGGCGUUGAUGUCUUCGGGGAACUUGGUGCUGAGGAGGCCGAGCGACGUGCGGAGGAGCAUGCAGCUACUCAGAGGGCGAAUGCCUGA